AUGGCAAUCACACCGUCUUUUCUGUCUCUGCCGCCGGAGAUUCGCAACCGCAUCUACGAGUUCGCUUUCACCCCAGCGGACGGACUCGGACACGUUCACAACCGAGCAUCCUCUGGAAAGAAAUCCUUCUUCUACGAUACCGGUUGCGGGGGCACGUACUACAACGCCACAUUAAAGGAUGAGUUCGAUCGGCUGAAGUACGUGAACCACCAGCUCUACUCGAGGCAGCUGGUAUGGAGCUCAAGUACAUUCCAGUCCUCAUUUUCAACUGUAUAUCUUCACCUAGACGUCCUUGCGGAGCUCAAAUGGUCAGGUUCCUGA